GAGAACCGGUGGGGCAAAGCGGGCAUCCGGUCCAACCUUUUUAUCUGCUCCCUUUCCACUGGGGCCGCUGGUGCUUCAUGUUUACGCUCCACCGUUCACUUGUGUACUAACUAGCCCGGUUCCUACUUGACUUGAAUCGCGACUGAUGUCGCUACAUGUAGGGAUAAAGCAGCAUAUACAUUGACGUAAUUGGAAGGACGCGCGCUAUUUAUAUUCCUCCUCUUGCCGCUCGAGCUUGUUACCGCCGCGAAAAAGGGACACAGCCCUUCACUAGCAGCAGCAGAAGCAGCAACCGCAGCCCCUCACUCUUUUCUCCACUUCUGCGCUCCUGGCGGGUCGUACCAGCAGGUGCAGCGAGAAAACAGCAAGCAUGGACUCCAACAACAGGGCUAAUCUUCCUGGCACACCCUACGUUAUCGGCCAGCCGAUGUUUUACGGAUACAGCGGCGAUCAGCGGCAGCAAGACGGUGGCAACGGAAACGGUACUAGCGUGUCUUCGCCGUCGCUAUCGGCACAGACAGCAGCGUCGCGGCGGCACCAGCCGAUUAUGAUCGGCUCGGGGCAGCCAGCAAGCACGAUGAGCGACGACUCGUUCCAUGCCAUUGCAAUAGGCGGCGACAGCCAUUCCGGCAGAAUGCCCCGCACGGCCCACGGGCACCCAACAUAUGAUCCGGCCCAUGGACUGCGGCCAAAGCAGAGCUUCGACAUGGCCAACAGUCCGCACUCUGGGUCGCUGCAGACAGCACUGUCAUCGUCGCUGCCGUCGAAUAAUCCGUUCCUACAUAGUAGUUCGGGUAGUCUUGGCAGUCUGCCCCAUCACCACCACAUGUCGGGCGGGUAUUCGGACAUUGCCUACCCGCCGCUGUCCGCUGGCCUGGAUAUGGCUGGGAGCAGCAGCUGGAACACAAGCCUGGCUUCGGCGGCAGCAGCCAUUUCACACGCGGCAACGCUGGCUGCCGGAACACAACUGCCACCUGCAGGCGUGACCACAGGCAAUGGUCAGCCAGUCCACCCACUGGCGGCAAUGCAGGCGCAGUUGACACCUGGCUACAACUACUCGACAGCCACUGGCCCUGCAUUACAGCCUGCGCACAGCAGUCACCAGGCGUCGCUGAGUGUCUCGUCGCUAUCAAACUUUUCUCCUCAGGCGCCGCAGUGGGAUGGAAGCAGCGCGCCAAUCGGUCAAGCAAAUAUGCAGAGGCUACCAACCCAGGCGGCUCCUCUUGAUGCAGCUCACGAUGCAGCUAGACAAUUUGCAGGCGAUCACAACAUGGCCUCGCCGCCAUUACCCACUUAUCAGUCGCUGGCGAUGGAGACGUCUUAUCAGGCAGCCGACCAGCUGCUGACUGCACAGCAAGCGUACCCGGUGUCGCAGCCGGGGCUGCCGCCGGCCGGCCCGGCUUCAGCCGGUCUAUCUGCAUACAUGCAGGGUGCUCACUCGCCAUAUAUUGCGCGUGGCCGUAGCCGUCGGCGGCCGCACCACACAUACGACUAUGCUGACUCACCCAUGCACGGUGCGUACUCAUCCGGAUCAUCGCCGGGGCAGACGCCUGUACUGCCACCCAGUUUACGGCAAGCUAUGCACUCAGGCGACGGAGUGGCAGAUGAUGGCAGCGCAUCGGGUGCAGAGCAGACUAUUUAUGGUGAGCACAGGCGGGUAGGUGAGCAGGACUUGUCGCAGAUGUCACUGAGCGGGUCUUUGGGCUCAGAUGUUGACCCUGCAAACUAUGCAGGAGCUGCGCAGCAAAAUCUGCAGCAGACACCAAACGCCAGCUCUACUCCGGGCGCUGCAGUAUCGCCUGGCUCGGCUUCACGGCAUUAUCCAGAGAUGGAGUAUCGUCCAGCAACCGCAGCGUACACAGCAGCUCCGGAGCAGUACAGCUCUAAUGGGGACAUGCCGGUCGCCACAGCGGCGUCACUGAGCCUGCAAUACCGCCCAAUCAGCCACAUGUCGUCGCUGAGCAGCGGACGCAACUCGGAGACGCCUGCUGGGGCACACGCAAGCGGAUCAGUGAUUAGCAUCAGCCCAGGCUCGGAGUCUAGCGGCGCAAAUGCCGCACACAGCAGUGCUCAAAUGCCUGGAGCUCACCAGUCUAAUCCUUCGAGCGCAGCAGCUGGCAGCGACGAUGCGCACCGUGGCGCCUAUGCCAAUACCAUCAACUCAAUGCCACACAUGCGCUGGAACCCGACAUCCAAAGGCUCGCCACUACGAUCUGAGAUCAGCCAGAUCGAAGCCAUUGGCGGGACGGUACAGCAGGCGGCCAGUGGAUCCACCCAUUCGCUCGAGCAGCAGCAGCAGCAGAAGUACCUGCUUGCUACCACUCCCCGGUCGGGCGCGACGGGUACCCGCAAGUCGAUCACGGUGCCUUGGCCCCAGGCGUCGCCGCAGCUCACCCCUGUAGCGUCGUCUGCCGUGCACCAGACACACCAGUACUACGCCAGCGGAAACAGCCUUGGCAGUACUGACAGUAUUGGCAGCGCGGGUGCGAAUGGCAGCGUGCACCUCAUCAAUCAGGCAUCACCGACCAUCCAGCUGGCUACUGGCAGCUACCAGGAUGAUGCAUCUCACCACAGCCCGCACUCAAUGUCCGAGCAACAGCAGCAUGAUCUGCCGGGUUUGCAUAUAAACGCCUCGAGUGCUCAGAUGGGGGAGGAGCAGCACCAGUUGGCCGUGUCGACAGAGAGCGCACAUAACCGGCCUGUGGCCAAUGUUCUCAAUGACUACUACAUGGUCAACUCACCCACCGAGCUCCAGUCGGCUGGGCUGCAUUCGCCGACGGUGGAUAGCAACUCGUUGCUGCCAAUGGCCGAGGUCAGCCAGGCGAUGCGCGGCCCAGUAACCUCGAACAUGGAUGCACUGACUGCGCACUCGCAAGAGUACCUACAGCGUCGGCGGCGUCGGCUAACCCAGACGCGCCACAACCGCCAGCGCAGCAGUGGCGUCAACGAUCCGGCUGCACGCCUAACUGUGUCGCGCAACGCGAUGCCCUUGUCGUCGCCUAGCGCCAACUCGCGGGCUAGCAACCGCAGCAUAGAGGAUGCCCCUAUUGCGCAGCAGCAGCAGCAGCAGGACCAACAACAACAACAGCAGCAGCAGCAGCAGCAGCAGCCUGUCCAGGGCUCCCUGGCUACAGCAGAUGAGCACGUUACCAUCCCUGGGUCGUUUCCUGCCAACAGCAAUUUUGUGACUCCAACGCAGUGGAACAGUACAAAUUGCACCCAACAGCAGACCACGAGUGCUGAGUCCCAAACAGCUGGGCGUAAUGGAAAUCGGCGGCUACGAGCAACCACGAUAGGCUACCCGUCGGGGCUUGCGCACAUUCGGAAUGCAGCAGCUCGUGCGUCGCAGCAGCAGCAGCAGCAGCAAUACGCAAACGAGUAUCCGCAGGUUGACUACGUGCAAAACAACAGCGAUGUAUCGUCGCUCUCGUCAUCAACUGCCACUUUUCAGCAGCAGAGCCAUUUUUUAGGCGUUGACCCGAGCGCUGCCCACUCAACUGGAUCGCUCGCCGCCGAUGGCGAUUCGGGGGUUGCGCCGGGUCGUGCACACGCUGCCUACAGUGGCAGCAACAGUAUCGGUAAUGUCUUGUCUGACAGCGGCAGCGAGUGGGCAGCCGGCAGCCAUUCGCGCUUAUCCAGGCGGCAAGAUGGCAGCAGCGGGAUUGCGAGCUUGUACGGGGCUGCUGGCGCCGAACCCAUGUCAGAGAGCCAGUUUCGCGCACGCGAGCGCCAUCUGCAGCGGUUGGCCCAGCAGCGCCAGCUGAACCGCAUUGCGCUCAACGAUGACCUCUCUGCCUCUGACGACUUUGAUGAUAGUGAUCUAGUGCCGCUGCCUGUCGUUGGCCAGGGCCGCCUGGACACGCUGAUAUCCAACACUGGCAGUGCUAGGAGUGCAGCAACUGGUACCAGCGGUCGGUCAGACUACUCCGAGUUCUCUUCGGCACAUGGGUCACUGGGUCAUGGUUCCCGCAUCGGUGGAACAUCGUUUAUGGACACCAACCCGCCAGUGCCACCAGUAUCGGCUGCCUACUCGGCACUUCACAAUGUGCAGCGGCAGUUUGGCGCCUCCUAUGGAUCUGCUGGCAUAGGUGGUCCGCUGCCCCAAUCAGCCAGCGGGGGCAGCACCGGCGGGCCGUCCCAUGACUCGUCCUCAAUCGACCUGGCAUCGUACCGCGAUGCUCGGUCAGGCAGCGAAUCUAUGCAGGCAUUUGGUUUGACAAAAAUGAGCAAUCGCAGCGGUAGCAGCAACAACAGCAGCAUCGGCCUGAUGCCAUCGCCGGCAAUGAAGAGGGCUGCCAGCAUCCGGCUGACUAGCAACUUUUCACCGCUCACUGUACCAUCGACGCCCGGAUCGACCACCCAGCAGCGCCAUCCUAGGCUGCCUGUUUCGUUGGAGUCUGGCCCCAGCAUUGGCCCUGACAGCCCCUCGCCCAUGUCAUCGCGGCCUGGAUCGGUUGCCAGCAGCGCUGGAUUCAGUGCCGAUUCUGAAUCGUCCGCGCCGCUGACUCAGCCAUCUAGGUCUGCAUCAUCCCUCAGUCGCUUCAACGAAGACAGCAAUUUGGGAGAUCUCUACGACGACUAUGACCCUGGGUUUGGUGCUGUGGACGACCACCCGUCGCACACGGUUGUCAGCAUCGGCGAGCCCGAUCAGCUGUUGCUGAACUCCAACUACUCACAGCCAGGUAGCCCGAGUACUGGGCCGCACUAUCCAUUCCAUGGCCGUGCAAGCUUUGGCUCUGGUGGCUGGGGUAGGAUCACUAGUAGUCCCGACGGCGAAAACCAUGACGACAAGGAGAAUCGGAUCGUGGUGAAUGAGAGUGGCCGGUCGUCGCGUGGGUACUACGACGAGUUUGAAUUUUUGGACCACGCCGAUGCCGCCAGUGUUAUUUCACAGGAGGAACAAGACAUCGGCGACGAUCUGCUGCAAGACGAGGAGUUUGAGGAUGCAGCGGUGGUUAUGGACCGGUUGGAUCUGAACCGCAGCCCAGGUCUGAUUCCAGACGUUGGGUCCCGCAUACACAGCAGCCUCAAGUCCCAGCGCUUGUUUGCAUCUUCGAGCAGCAGCGAGAGCGAGGUGCUGGAUAGCUCCAGCUGCAGCGAUAAAGAUGGCGAUGACAGUGAUGCGGGGAACGGUGACGAUGACGAUGACGACAACGAGUCGACCCAGCAGGACACAGUUGUGUUUGCAGGCAAGCUGCAUGCUGCGAUCGAACAGGCUAGAUCGGCCCUACCCCAACGGCGGUGGAGCAGCGGCUUUAUUUUGAAGAGCAAGGAUGGUAUGGCGGGCACAGUCCGUGCGCCGCGUCUGUCGCUAUUGAACGGUGUUAAAGGGCUGCAUGCCAGCAGCGACUCGGCAUUGGGGCUCCCGCCGCCGCUGCCACAGCCGCUGCAGCAGCGGGCGGUGAUGAAUGAAAAGAGCGGCAGCCAGAUGGUCGAGUCGCUACGGCGGAUGGGCAAACUGCAGGACACCCCAUCCCGGCUGUUUGCAGAGCCAGUGUCCAAGGAACGUGUGUCGGAGAGGGCGAACCAGUUCUUCAAAGACCCAGUCAUUGUCACCAUGUCGCCGCGCCUGAUGGCCCAGCCCGGCGUCGGCACUGUGCCGAAGUGAGCAGGGGCUGGUCUAGAGUCAUAAACUUGUCUUUAACAAUAGC